AUGCCAAAAGGAAAGAAACCCAAGAAAGCCCAUUGCUGUGUUGGAGGAUGUAAUAAUGAUGACUGGUAUCCUGAUAACUAUAAGUAUCACUCACAUGUGACAACUAUGGAGUUUUCCAAUUUUACCACAUCUGCUUCAAAACGAGCUAUAUGGAUAAGGAAUGUUCAGAAAGGUCGACUAGACUUUUUUGAUCCUAAACCUGGAACAUUUAUUUGUGCAAAUCAUUUUAAAGAUGGUAAGCCAACUCCUGAAAAUCCUUAUCAAACAGAAUUUAUGACAAAACUGUCAAAUGAACAUGGAAGCACACCAAAGAAAAGGGAAAAACCAACUGAGAGGACAACUCCAGCUUCAGAGACAUUUCAGUCAGAACAGGAGCUUUCUGAUCUAGAUUUCCAUUACUUAUCUGAAGGUUCUGAAUCAGAGCCUGAAACUGCACAUCCAGAUUUUACAUUUGAACUUGUUGCGACAGAGGGAAUGGUCAGUUUUUAUAAAGGACUUCCAGACUCGAGGACUUUUGAGUUGCUCUAUGGUUAUCUUAGACCAAAGGCAAAAAAUAUGAAUUACUGGAAAGGAGAAGCUCAGGUCCGAAAAGAGAGGCAAAGUAACAAUGCUGCCAGGUCUCUUGCAGCUAUCUUUGAUGAAUUUAAGAGAGCUGGUGCAGAGACACCCUCUGUAAAGAGAGGACCAAAGAGGAAGCUUCAGUUAGAAGAGGAACUUCUUUUGACUUUAAUGAGGCUGAGACUUUUGUUUGUUGAUUUGGCCUUUAGAUUCAAGGUUUCUCAUUCCUUAGUCACUCAAAUUUUUUCUACCUGGGUUAGGUUUACGUCACGAGAGCUAAACUGGAUGAUUAUGUGGCCAAGUAGAGGACAAAUUCAGUUGGAGCUUCCAGAGGCCUUUCGAAAAAUCUAUCCAAAAGUUCGGUGCAUUAUUGAUUGCACUGAAGUUUUUACAGAAACCCCAAGUGCUCUUGACAUCCAAGCUACCAUAACAGGCCAGAGCUCCGAUUUUAAGUACUAGGCGACUUUGAAAGACGCGUGCUUCACAUAUUUGUGGCGGAUUAGAAUGCCGGCUUGGUCAGAGGCCCUUUGUUUAAAACAUGGCGGGAUACUCGCAGCUUAAGGCAAGCAUGUGCCUUGUAGCUGUCAACAUAAUGCUUUUUAAUUACAUUGUCAUAAUUAACAAAACCCGAUCCAUGUUUGAUUGAAAGUAAUUGUACAAAUCUGGUACCAGACAAACCGCUUUUAAAAAAACAAAAACACAAAACUAGUUUAUGGUUAUUUCUCAUUAAUUUCACUUAUCAAAACAAAUAUUUACUUUUAUCAGUUUUCCCGUUUCUUUCAAAACAUCCUUCACUUCCGGGCGUUUCACUGUAGUCAAUGAAAGACGCGUUUUAUCGGUCUUCUUUUUCGCGGGAAUAUCAAAAUUUCCAUCUUUCAAAACGCGAUGAACCAAAGCUUGCAGCAUACCAAAGCGCCAAAGGCACACGAUGCAGUCCCGGUGUUUUCUGAGCACCCGUUAAAAAUAUUGAACGCCAAAACUAUCAAGUUUUGGUACAGCGAGAGGCAGCUACUUUGUGUACCCAAAGGUAAGUGCAUGGACAGGCUAUCGAAAGAAAAUAAAAGGGGUGGUUGCCCAAUGGAUAGCAGGCCUAACUACGCAAAAUAAAUGUCUCAUUGCAUCCUUGUCUGCGAGGUUAGGACUAAAUUUACACUCUAGAAUACAUUACACAACUCAAUCAGCUACACUUUGCAGGUAGAAUUGGUGAUCAGUCUUGCCAAUUUAUAUUUCUAAGGGACGUUCGUCGUACAAAGGCUUAACGCGCGGGGGUUUUUAGUUAAUGACUGACAUAACAGUUUCGUCACAAUCGACCCAGUUAGAAUGCGAUAAUGUGCGCGUGAACUUUGCCUACAACUGGCAAUAAGCUGAAUAAACCGGAAGCUGAACACCAUGAAUAAGUUACUAAAUUACAUCGCUCAGGUUCUUUUUCUUUUUUUUUCAAGUACCGGAGGGGUUUUUCGUGCAUUCUGUUGCGCAGAUUGGCAGUGAUAUACCGAGCAUCAGACAGGUAACUCACCGAAGCCACCAUUUUACUCUUCUUCUACCAAACAGUUUUCCUGCAAUGGUUUUAGUACUGGUCCCAUUGCCGAAACCUUGCACGAGCAAGAUACGGUAAUCGAGAGUCGAGAAUCGAGAAUCGAUAUUGUACUCGGGACAAGAAAAGGUUGCCAUCCAAGGAACAAUUGAUGCAAUGCAAGAGCUUCAAGGUGCUGAGAAUCGCCAAUUCUGGAUUAAAAGCAGUGAAGGAACUCCUGAGAAGCGUCCAAAUUAUAAAUGAACUUUGGAGGCCAGUUAGCCACGGUGAUUGUCGCACCACGCAUAAAGUAGAAUAAAUUUGUUAGCCUGGUCUUGUCUUUGCCACAAAUCACGUAAAACUAUAAAGAAGGUACCACUAUGGACUCUGGAAAAUGAAAAUUCAAUAAUACUAUGGUUGACGACUGACAGUUAAGAAGAGAGACAACCUUCACCUCAGAAUCUUGGGCGCGCCGCCUGUAAGUUCUGAGGGAGAGGGAAGUCCCAUAAUUUGGCCUAUUUCAAAAACAAAUGACACUACAAAAAUAACCUACAAUUAUAAUUUCAAAAGAGAGACUACCAUCACCUCAGAAUCUUGGGCGCGCCGCCUGUAAGCUCUGAGGGAGAGGGAAGCCCCAUAAUUUGGCCUAUUUCAAAACAAAUGACAAAACAAAGAUGACCUACAAUAAUAAUUUGGAUAAUGACCGACAUUUCAAAAGAGAGACUACCAUCACCUCAGAAUCUUGGGCGCACCGCCUGUAAGCUCUGAGGGAGAGGGUAGCCCCAUAAUUUGGCCUAUUUCAAAAACAAAUGACAGUACAAAAACAACCUACAAAAAUAAUUUGUAUUAUGACUGACAUUUUAAAAGAAAGACUACCUUCACCUCUGAAUCUUGGGCGCGCCGCCUGUAAGCUCUGAGGGAGAGGGUAGUCCUAUAAUUUGGCCUAUGACACUACAAAAAUCACAUACAAAAAUUGUUUGGAUUAUGACCGACAUUUCAAAAGAGAGACUACCUUCACCUCAGAAUCUUGGGCGCGCCGCCUGUAAGCUCUGAGGGAGAGGGUAGCCCUAUAAUUUGGUCUAUUAAGUAAAAAGCAAGUAACAAUACAAAGGUAACCUGAAAUAAUAAUUUUUGGAUUAUGAUUGACAUUUCAAGGAGGCUAAAAUGACUGAUAUAGAAACCAUACUGUAUCUGUGACGUUGAUUAUACAGAUUGCCCAAGCGAACACGAAGAUGUUGAAGUGGAAGCUAGAAUAUCUGGAGUAAUCCAGCGUCUUGGGCUCCUUCUAGCGAAUAAGAUUUUGGCGGAAUUUUGACAGUGCUUGGCACUUUUUGGAGAGUGAUUUGCCACUGGAGGCACAUCGACGCUUACAUUGUCUUAAGCCAGAGAAAAAAGACUUGAAUCCUUCGCCGUUUGAUAAAAAAGGUCGUCCAUUGAAUCAGAUAAUUGGUCUUGCUGUUCCUCAAGGAGAUGUGAAGUAGAGCUCGAGCUCUCGCAUUCGUUUUCUCUGGCGACUAUAAAAUGUGCAUUGUUGACGGCUUUUCUCAAAUGUUCAAAUAGAGAAAAUUUAAAAAUUUCUUUGGUCAGGGUCUUUUCCACGCCGAGUUCCUUCCAAACCGGAAAAAAGAUGUGCCAGCAGAGAGUGUAUUCCUACUUGUGGCUCCACAGUAAAAACUUGAUACGCCGACUCGCUGUUUUCGCUUCGAAGGUCACCAAUGUUGACACGGCAUACUACUCUUGACAGAAGUUAAAUAAGCCAUCGGAGCACUAUUUUCUUAAAAGAAAGCACUUGAAAAACCAUUGAAAGCGUAUCAAGCCUAUUUGAAUCCAAAUGCGGCGAGAAAACUGUAGUUAUCAAUUGCGAAGCCAGAGGCGCGAAGAUCGACUUCCAAAUUUUCAAUCGACCGUGAAAUGAAUUUAUAAUACCCAAAUAGUCUGAUCAAAUUUCGCAUUUCCUUGAGAUGUCUGGUUCGUUUAAUCAGAAGUACAAAUUUUCUUGACAGGCAAUGUGUCCGGCGCUCUCCAAAGGUGUCUGGAGGAAUGCUUAAAACUAAUUACCUUGUCUGUUAUUGGAAACCGAUUUGUGGUGAUUGCUGUGGAGAUUAGGCCUCCUCCUGCGCGCACUAAAAUCGGGGCUCUGGCCUGUUAUGCUCCGGUCUGAUUGUAAACAUAAUUCAAUAAUGAAGUUUCUGGUUGCAGUCACUCCAAACGGAGCACCGUGCUAUGUGUCACCAUGCUACGGAGGAAGGGCAACUGAUAAAUUUAUUGUUAAAGACUGUGGUUUCUUAAGUUUUGUGGAACCAUAG